UGAGGUGGCUCGUACGGAGCAAGCCAAAGAUAAACACGUAGACAGACAAAUACGGGCGAGGAGAAUUAAUAGCUAAUAAUUGGGAGGGCACAGUGGCAUGUUUGAGAUGGAGUAGCUGGAGACAGCGUUAAGUUUUAUCAGACGAGGAGGCGCCGCUGAACUAGCCGAGGAGUGAGUCUUCCUGCGGGUGUCGAGUCGCAACAUCUGCAGCUCAGUCCACAAUGGUACGAUCAGCCUUGGUGACCGCCACCAGUCUGGCGCUGAGUGGGGCUGUGGUGGCUCAUGCCUACCUGCUCAAACAUCAGUUCUACCCGACUGUUGUGUACCUCACCAAAAGCAGCCCUAGUAUGGCGGUUUUGUACAUUCAAGCGUUUGUGCUGGUGUUUCUGUUGGGAAAGUUCAUGAGAAUGGUGUUUUUUGGGCAGCUAAGAGCUGCUGAAAUGGAGCACCUCAUCGAGCGCUCCUGGUAUGCAGUGACGGAAACGUGCCUGGCAUUCACCGUGUUCAGGGAUGAUUUCUCCCCUCGCUUCGUUGCCCUCUUCACCCUCCUGCUCUUCCUGAAGUGCUUCCACUGGCUGGCAGAGGACCGAGUGGACUUUAUGGAAAGGAGUCCAAACAUAUCCUGGAUUUUUCACUUGAGAGUAUUAUCUCUUCUCGGACUUCUGGCUGUCAUGGACUUCUUGUUUGUUAACCACGCCUGUCACAGCAUCAUCACCAGAGGGGCUUCGGUCCAGCUUGUUUUUGGGUUUGAGUACGCUAUCUUGUUGACCAUGGUCCUGACGACCUUCAUCAAGUACGUUCUGCACACUGUUGACCUUCAGAGUGAGAACCCCUGGGACAACAAGGCUGUCUACAUGCUUUACACAGAGCUCUUCACAGGUUUCAUCAAAGUUCUUCUGUACAUUGCCUUCAUGACGAUUAUGAUAAAGGUCCACACCUUCCCUCUGUUUGCCAUCCGACCCAUGUACCUGGCCAUGAGGCAGUUUAAAAAAGCUGUAACAGACGCUAUAAUGUCAAGGAGAGCAAUCCGCAACAUGAACACUCUAUACCCUGAUGCUACUCCAGAGGAUCUGCAGGCCUCGGACAAUGUUUGCAUCAUCUGUAGAGAGGAAAUGGUCACCGGAGCCAAGAAACUACCCUGUAAUCACAUUUUCCACUCAAGCUGCCUGCGCUCCUGGUUCCAGAGGCAGCAGACCUGCCCUACCUGCCGCAUGGACGUCCUCAGAGCAUCCAGCAACAACCAGACUCAGGCACCGGCCCCGGCUCCGGCCCCUGCCCCGGCCGCACCAGCCAACGCUCCUGCUGCCCCGGCUCCAAAUGUAGCUCCUGGCAUGCUGCCAGGAUUCCCUCCAGGAAUUUUCCCUUUCUGGGGUCCUUUCCCUGCAGUGCCUCCACCCGCUGCUGCAGCUCCAGCUCCAGCUCCUGGUGCAACUGACGCUCCACAAAGCAGCACAGAGACAGCACAGACAGCUGGCACCAGCCAGCCCACGUCAGCUUCUCCAGAUGCAGCUACAUCAUCAUCAGCGGCGCCAGGUUCAGCAAUCCCAGGAUUCCCUUUCGCCUUCCCGCCUCCUCCCUUCCCUGCUGCACCAUGGCUGCCAAUGCCACCUCCUCCCCCCUUUGUGUCAUCGAUGCCUCCUCCCCCUCCGUCACUGUCUCGGCUGACAGAAGAGGAGCUGAGGGAGUUGGAGGCUGAAGGGCGGAGGGGCCUGGAGGCCAGACUGCAGUGUCUCCAGAACAUCCACACUCUGUUAGACGCCGCCAUGCUCAACAUCCACCACUACCUCAGCACUGUCGCUACACUUGCCCCCCCUCGGCCUGAGGGCAGCGCUGGAGAAGCCAGUGGAGCCAACCAGGAGGCCUCGUCCUCUGCAGCUGCUGCUAGCACAAGGGGUCCGACCACGGAGAAGGCCCCCUCCACCUGUGAUCAAGCAAGUGCAGCCACAAUCUCCUCUCAGCCCGCUGACUCCACCUCCACUGCCUCAGACACAGAAAGAAAGGAAAACUGGGAAGAAAUGCUGGAGGAGGAUGAGAAUGUAGAGCCGAGCGCAGCUGAGCUGAGGCGCCGUCGUCUCCGCAAACUAGAGACGCCAUCACCAGCACCGUCAUCGUCACCCCCUCCUCCAGAUAAUUAAUUUGUGACUAGGGGCAUAUCGCUCUGAACCAUCAGGAACUCUAAGAAAACUUAUGGCUGCUUCAGUUCUUCGUUGCCUCUCUUCCUCGUGGCUCUCGCCUUCCACAGGCUCAGGUUUCUCACAGCGUCGAGUCGGACUCAGGCUGUCGGAAGACGCAACCGCUUCUGUGUCACACAGCAACAGCCCCUCUUUUUUUUUCUUUUUUUGAUCUGAUGAACUCCAGAGUGGACUUCUCUAAUCCUGAUGCUGCAGGUGUUUGUACAUCUAUUAAGGCAUGAAAAGAUCCCAGUUUAAGGCUGUGAUUGGUCAGUGUGAGAGAGUCGGUGUUUAGAUCUAGUUUUGCUCUUGUUUAACCACAUCUUUUGCUUAAUCCAGUUGUCCUUAGUGUAAAGGUGGUCCCACUCACCAUCAGAACAUGUUACACAGCAGAUGGAUCAUUGACAAAUCUAGUAUCUUCAGUUCAAGUAAAGCCAAACUGCUAUUUCUGCUUUUUAUACAUUGCUCCUUGUUUCCCUGGGUCCUGACCCAGUUUCCACUGCUGACACUGUAACAUACAGAUUUGUUGGAAACUGUAUAUACUGUAUAAAAAGGUUUUAAUAGGAUAAUCUGUACACGCUGCAGAAUAAAGCAACUGAACCAGCAGUGGAGCACCAUGGAUGCUGGUGUGAAUGCUCCCAACAUUGAUACCACAGAGGAACAUGUUGGUGAAGCUCCUGAUUUUGGAGCUUUUUUUUUCUACAGGUUUUCUGCUGCAGCGAUGUGAUGUUUAAGUUAGUUUGGCUGUUUAAAUUAAACUUCUCACUGAUCUAAAAAAAAAAAAAAAUCUUCUUUCUAGAAAUUGCUUUUUUUGUCAACAAAUUCUAUUUUAAAUGUAGUAGAUUUGAAAUAUUUUGGGGAAAAUAUCUAGAAUGAAGUCAGUCCCAGACGCAUUUAUUGGGACCAUCCGGUAAACAUGUAAAAAAAAAAAAAACUGCUUUAUUCAGUAGGGAUAAAUAAAAUCCCACAUUAAGAAACAGUAGUUUUUAAUAAACUCUCAGAAGUA